UCUCCAGAAGCAUGCUUGCCGUGCCUUCUUCCGGGUGCACCGGAGGCUGGCAUGUGAGCAGGGGUGCUUCAGUGAUGCAGAAGAAAAAAGGCAAGUCUUAUCGGCAAGGGAAGGCUACGCCUUUCUUCCAGGUCUCCCUCUCUCCAUCUAAAUCUGUGUUUGGAGGAGGGGGCUACGGUUAGUUCACCCACCGGUUUACUGUGUCCUUGUGAGUUGUGAUCAUUAUCAUGCACUCAUCAGUUGCUUGACAUGUAUGGUGUCGUUCUUGAAUUUUCAGCUACAUAUAAUGGUCGGUUGUGUGAGUGAAUGGGAGUGUGUUCAUGUGUCGGUCUGUGUGUCGACUGUCACUGUGAGUCAAUUAGCUAAAAGAAGUAUGAUGUGUGGGUUCAGCGAGGGAGUAACAGUCACUGAAUAAGAAUGUAAGUGUCCUAUCAUAUAUGUAUGUCUAAAAUAGUAACAUGUAACAUGUGUUGCUCUUUCUUUCA